AGUCCUUGCUGAUUCUGCAUUUCCGCCCUUCCCCGCUGCGUCGAUACUGCUGUCUCCGAUCUAUGGUCUCCGCUGCGACAGCGCCGACGAGGCGACGAGAACUCUGAACUCUGCCUCCCCCGCUUCUAGUUUUCUACGCCUCCGCAGCAAAGUCCACCCAAGUAAGGUAAACUCAAUGGCAGAUUCAUCAGAAGGAGAGGAAGAAGGGAAGCUGACAGGAGGUAGCCAACAGCUUUUGGUUGAUGAUGACCUCUGUGAGAUGGCUAAGAAGGCUGCUUGGAGUGUCAGCUCUUGCAAAGCUGGAAAUGGCAUUACUUCCCUUCGAGAUGAUAACCUUGAUACAUACUGGCAAUCUGAUGGUGCACAACCUCAUCUGGUAAAUAUACAGUUCCAGAAGAAAGUAAAGCUCCAAUUAGUAGUUUUAUAUGUUGAUUUCAAGCUUGAUGAGAGCUACACCCCUAGUAAGAUUUCAAUUCGUGCCGGUGAUGGUUUCCACAACUUGAAGGAGAUAAAAUCAGUGGAACUUGUCAAGCCAACCGGAUGGGUGUAUAUAUCAUUGUCUGGGAAUGAUCCUCGUGAAACCUUUGUCAACUCUUUCAUGUUGCAAGUGGCAAUUUUGUCAAAUCAUCUGAAUGGGAGGGACACUCAUAUCCGCCAGAUUAAAGUCUAUGGACCUAGGCCGAAUCCCAUUCCACUUCAACCAUUCCAGUUCACCUCAACAGAGUUCAUUACCUACUCUAUUGUGAGGUAAAACUCAUGUUUCAAUGUAACAAAACAGCUGAUUCAAGGUUGUUUAAGGAUGGUAGGUGUUUAGAAAGUGCAAAACAAGUGUAUCAUGGCCCAAUGCAAUGCAAUGCUGGCUGAUUGAAAUUGGGCAGUUUUAGUCCAUCGAGUAAUUAAAAAUGUUGGAUAAUGUUAACUUGUAAGUUUUUUUAUUUGAAUGAAAAUGAGAACAAUAUGAGAGGAUAAACAUGACUUGUGGAACUAAUAGUUCAUACACCUGAGAUCACUAUUAUUGAUUAUGAGUGUGUUGUCAGUUAUUCGUGGAUGAAUUAUCAAAUAUUUUCAAAUGUACUGUAAUAAUUACAGAAGCACCAC